AACUGCCCUAAACAAAUAUGAUCGUUCCUGGCUCCUCCCAGUAUAUUGACAAAUUAAUUGUUCUGUAAGCUGUGACACUGUUACAAUCACUUCGUGACACUGAGCUGCGAGGUUUUAUCUGUCAUUGGAAGUCAGGCACUGAAAUAAUAACUUGCUUGUUUGCAGCAAGUGAAAUGAACACCAACAAAAGUUCCCAAGAUGCUUUGCUUCAAGAUUUUUCUCACGGUCCACUCUCUGAAUAUCGGAGGAAGGCGUCUUUCAAUUGGAAGGAUAUGGUAAUGUUUUUGGAUGAUGAAGAUCUUAUUAUUUUUAAGAAAAAAAUAUUCUCCACUCUGGAAAAUGACCCACUUUUCUAUAGACACCCUGGGGCUGACUUGCCUUUGGAGAAAUACAGAGAGCUUACCUUUCUUCGAUGCAAGAAGAUCUUUGAAUAUGAUUUUCUUACGGUGGAUGCAAUAAUGGAACAACCUCAGAAGAUUCUGGUUCUCAUAAACUGCUUGGGCAUGUAUGACUGGUCCCUGGGUGCCAAAUAUUUUCUGAAUACUCAGGUAUUUAGCGGUGCUGUUGGUAACGCUGGGUCAGAGAGACAUGCCGUUUUUCUAAAGCAAAUAAGAAACAUGGAGAUAUUUGGAUGCUUUGCGUUAACUGAACUCAGUCAUGGCAGCAACACUAAAGCGAUUAGAACAACUGCAACCUUUGAUGCUUCCACCAAGGAGUUUGUCCUCAAUUCACCAGAUUUUGAGGCUGCCAAGUUCUGGGUAGGCAACAUGGGGAAGACUGCUACUCAUGCCGUGGUUUAUGCACAGCUGCAUACUUCUGACGGUCAGUGCCAUGGGCUACAUUCCUUUGUUGUGCAGAUUCGUGACCCUAAGACCCUUCUACCAAUGCCAGGAGUGAUGGUUGGUGACAUAGGCAAGAAACUUGGCCAAAAUGGGUUAGACAAUGGUUUUGCAAUGUUCCACAAUGUUAGAAUUCCUCAAGAAAACCUACUGAACCGCACUGGCGAAAUAUCAUCUAGUGGGUCAUAUACAAGUGUGUAUAAGGACCCCAAACAACGUCUUGGUGCUUCUCUUGGAACCUUGUCAAGUGGCCGGGUUUCAAUUAUUGGAAUGGCAGUCGUCAACUUAAAGCUUGCAAUAACCAUAGCCGUUCGUUUCUCUGCAACACGACGACAGUUUGGGCCAACUGAAGCAGGAGAAAUACCUGUACUUGAAUAUCAGUUGCAGCAAUGGCGACUGAUCCCUUAUCUUGCUGCCACGUACGCACUUGACUAUUUUUCAAAGAGUUUCUUUAUUAACCUUAUUGAACUGCAGAUUGGUAUUCUAAUGAAAGAUAAGAGCUCAAGACAGGCUGAGCUUGGCAGGGAAAUUCAUGCUUUGUCUUGUGCCGGUAAACCACUAGCAUCCUGGACUGCUCAACAGGGUGCCCAGGAAUGCAGAGAAGCCUGUGGAGGUCAUGGCUACUUAGCCAUGAACCGUUUAGGAGAUAUCCGCAAUGACAAUGAUCCAAACUGCACAUAUGAAGGAGACAACAAUGUUCUGCUCCAGCAAACCAGCAACUACUUGCUAAACCUGGUUCAGUCUGCACAGGAAGGUGUUUUUUCCUUUGAGUCUCCUCUUGGUUCAAUUGGUUUUCUUAAGUAUUUCAAAAACAUUUUGGGGCAUAAAUUUACAGCUACUACUAUCGAAGAAUGUCUGGAUUCUGCAGUUGCUCUCUCUGCUUACAAAUGGCUUGUGUGCUACCUUUUACGUGAAAGUAAUCUUAAACUUCAGCAAGAGAAGAAAAUAGCAAGCAAUGACUUUGAUGCAAGAAACAACAGCCAGGUCUACUACUGUCGUUCUUUGGCCCUUGCAUUCAUUGAACAUGCAGUUCUGCAAAGGUAUCAUGACUACACCCAAGACCCGGAUAUUCCUAUAACUCUACAGCCUGUUUUAAAGAAGCUCUGUGCCCUGUAUGGUUUGUGGUCAUUAAACAAACAUCUGUCACUCCUCUACCAAGGUGGAUAUUGUACCGGCGAGGUUGCUGGCAGAAUUAUUCAAGGAGCCGUUCUGGAAUUGUGCUCAAAGCUGAAAGAUGAUGCCAUUGCUUUGGUUGAUGCCAUUGCACCUCCAGACUUCAUUUUGAAUUCUCCUAUUGGAAAAGCUGAUGGAGAGCUCUAUAAAAACCUCUGGUCCACUGUACUGCAAGGAGAAAAGGUUUUGGAACGUCCGUCUUGGUGGGCAGAAUUCUGUGCCAACAAACCUUUGGCUGGAAACUUAAAAUCUCACCUGUAAAAUGCGUUAAAUACAUAAUAAAAAUGAAGGAACUCUGCAUCUAAAAUAACUCAGGAAAAGUCUAUUUCAGUAAGUUAGGAUUUGCACAGGUUUGUGUAGGGUUUUUAAAUGUGAGGUAGCUUUUAUGCUGCCCUAGGCAUUGGGAAAUUUGUGAAAAAUUGUGCCACCCGGACCCCCCCCCCAACAUUUUGUGGUGUUGUAUUUGCCUAAUAUAGUUCUCACAAUUGGAGACACCAAGUGAUCAUUGAUUUGUAAUAUAAUGAAUAUAUAAAAUAUUAUGAGAACAGAAUAUCUGCUGUCCUAGGCACAGGCCUAUUCAUUAUUUUAAUUAUAACACCCAUUUUUUUGUAUAAUUUUCUAACUUUUGACACUUUACACCUUGUAAAAUCUACUCUUUCAGAAUGUUUGAUUGUGUUGCCAUUGUAGUUUUUGUGUCCUUUUUCAGUGUUCCUGAUCAUGUUCCGUUUACAUGCUAACAAGUACAGGUGUUCUGCUUUAACAAAAUAGUGAAAAUAUAUUGAACAACUCUUAAAUUAUGGAACUUUUAUGAUCAACAUGAAGUUCAUUCAUUAUUAGUGAUUAAAUUGCCAACAUUUAUAUGAAAUUGUUUAUUGUAUAAUGCACAAAUUUAUACAAAUAGUUAAGUAAAAAAAACUGUAUUCAGACACAUUAGGCAGCAAUAUUAAAUAAAUGUACCGCUAUUUUUUACUUUAUGUUUGGUGCCGUUAUUUGCUUCAGUGAAUUUCUGUAAAGACUGUUGCAAAAAGCCUGAUAGAAGCAUGUUCUUAUGUCUUUUUAAACAUAUUUUGUUGUGUAUGUAUUUCAAAUGGAAGAGAAAAUAAAGUCUAAAAUCGUCAGAUCA